AUGGAGGUCCCUGCAGGGCCGUCUGCUGAAGAGGAGUCCUCUGCCCUGCCCGCUGCUGCAGCUGUUACCAGCGAGUCACAACCGACAUCAGCAACACCAGUACAGAUCACAGUACUGAAGGCGCAGGAUCUGAAAAGUAUCAAAAAUGACGUGUCAGUUACUUUGGUCCGUGUGGAGUACAACAGAGUGAUCCUGGGAGACUCCUCCAAGACUGAUGUCUUGCCAAAUGGGACAGCAAACUAUAAUUUCAUGACCAGCUUCGAGUGCAGCCCCGAUGGGCCCAACUCCUUGGAUGACAUUGCGCAAAAACCUGUGCUCCUGACAGUGACAGAGGUGUUGCAAAGGGAGAGGAGACAGAAGGAGAAGACUGUGCCUCUUGGCCAAGCCGUGGUGGACCUUCUACCUCUGCUGCAAGGACAGUGUUCAUUUAAGGUCUCAGCUCCUUUGUAUGCAGUGCCUACCUCUCCAUUAGAGAGCCUUCAGCCGGAGGCCAAGGGCGGCCUUGAAGUGGCAGUGUGCACCGAACAGCCCCUGCUUUCUGCAGCACAGCUUUCAAACAGUAACCUCCUGAGUGUCACGCUGGAGGCAGCGUAUUCUGUCCCCGAAGCGUUUACUCCCACUGGACCCCUGCAACACUACAUGGCUUGCUUGCAAGUACCAGCAGCUGGGGAGAAGGAAUUCCCCUUGCUCUUCAAGAAUGGCAUCCUGAAGCUUGCUGGUGAAAAAGAGCCAUUACCCCGGCCCAAAAAAUGGCCCCUUGCUAAUAUCAUGGCUCCCGGUGCUCUGAGCAUACCCAACUCCUUCAUCAUUGGUGGUCCCUAUGAGGAUGAGGAUGGAGAGCUCAACAAAAGAGAGGACAGGGAGUUUAGGAUCCAAGCAGAAAGCAUGAAGAGAAUCGUAUGGGACACGGAAAGGCGCUGUUACCUGGAUCCCACUGCAGUAGUCGUCCUGCAGAAGCGCAUUGCAGAGUGCCAGUACUGUCCUGUGGAGGUCUGCAGGAUGGCUGUGGCCUCACCCAGCAAAGGGAAAACUAGCAAAGCUGACAAGGGAGAUGAGGACAAGCAGAUUUUCUUCCAUGGCGUAGCAUAUGUCAACAUGGUACCUUUGCUGUGCCCUGGCGUGAAGCAGAUCCGAGGUGCUUUUCGUGUGUUUCCCUACCAAGACAGCAAGGUGUUCGAGAAGACCAAAAGUCAGCACAGUGUUUUCCAGGAUCUCAGGGCGCAGCUCACUCUGACUAAGGAAGGAUCGUGGACCCCAGGAAUCAGUACUCCCCUUUCCAGAGCUGUUCCCAGCAAGAUUCAGAAGGAAGACAAAGAGAAAACCACCAAAGAUAAGGAUUCCAACAGAAGGAUGUCCAACGCAUCCAAAAUGCAGUUGUCAGAUGCCACUGUAGAAGCUGAAAGUGUCACAUCUCUCAGCCUUGAUGGACAGCAGUACACUGAAGCAGGGACGUUCCUGGUGAUGGAGAUAAAGCUGGACAAGGCCUUGGUACCAAAGCGACUGAGAGAGGAGCUCACCAGACGGGUCAAGCAGAUGAUUCCUCCUCGCCCUCCACUGCCUCCCCGGACUGCAGGAGCCAAGAAGGCCGUGGAAGAUUAUCACAACCAUGUCACAAGCACUGCUGUUGCCAUCCUAAGUGAAUACCACAAGCAUUUUGGGAAGCGGCUACCUGACCAGGGAGCGAUAGACCACCAAACCCUGGAGGAACAGAAGCAGCAGCUCAACUUUGAGCUCAUCAGCUCUGGGAAAUACUUUGCUUUUAAGGAACAGCUAAAGUACGCUGUAGUGAAGAUUGUGAGGGAGAAAUACCUGAAGACCACAGCAUUUGAGAGCGAGGAGCAGUUCCAGGCAUUUCUCAGUGAGCUCUAUGAGUACCUCGUGGACCAGAUGCAUGUUGCCCUGAACCAGCUACUGUCUGAGGAAGCUGCUCCGCCUGCCCCUCUGUCCCGCAUGACUGAAGAGCAGCUCUGGCUCUUUGCUCGCGAAGCUGAAGUCAACAAGGACUACGAUCUGGCAUCUCUCUACCACCAGCAGAGGCUAGCUCAGGACCAGCACAACAUCCAGUACUGGCUGGACUAUGGGGCAUUCUGCCUCCUGCUCGAGGAAACAACCAAAGCCCAGGAGUGUUUCCAGCAGGCUCUGUCUCUGGACCUGAAUCACAUCCAAAGCUUGCUGCUCUGUGGGAUUGUGGCGGUCAUGCUGCAGCACUACGAAGAGGCACAGAUUUUCUUUGAGGAUGCCUGCUGCUUGGAGCCAUCCAGCAUUGUAGCCUGGACGCUUUCAGGUUUGUUUUAUGAGCUGCAGAAUAACAAUAUUCAGGCGGAAAUGGCCUUCCGUGAGGCUAAGAAGCUACUGCAGGCACAGCUCACCAAGGAGAGGAGCAUCCAUGAAGCGGCUGAGGGAGAAGGAGGGAAAAAGCACAUUUCUGCUGCUUGUGUGAGGUCUCCCAGCCCAGGCCGCGAAGAGUGCUUGCCAGAGGGGGUUCCAGACGGCUCAGCUGACAAACUGCCAGAGGCGGUGGGGCCUGCCCUGGCCUACGCGGCACCUGAGGAAGAGGCUACUGCACCGGAGGCAACCCCGAAAGCACCAUCCCCCGUUUCAGGACUUAGCCAACCUCCCUGCACAAUCUUCAUGAAGGCAGUGGAAUUCCUCAUGAAAGUCAAUGCCAUCCAGUUUGUUCGCAUGGCGCUUGCCCACGAGCUGCUGAGCCUUCAGGGAGGUCCCUCCUGUGCAUACAACCUGGCACUGGCCCACACGUACUUGCUGAAGGAAGAGCUCUCCAAAUGUGAAGAAUGUCUCUGUGAGGCCAUUAGGAUUGACUACACGAAUCCAAAUGUCUGGGCUCAGAAGGGGCACCUGUGCUACCUGAAGAGGGACUUUGGCAAGGCAAAGGAGUGCUACGAGCGAACCAUCAGUUUUGUGGAGGAUGCUGUGGAUAUGCACUUUGUCUACCUGCGCCUGGGCUCCAUCUACCUGGAAGAGAAAGAGUACGGCCGGGCGAAGCAGACCUACCUGCUCGCCUGCAGGAACUCUGCGUCCUGUCUCACCUGGCUGGGAGUGGGAAUCGCCUGCUACAGGCUGGAAGAGAUCGUGGAGGCAGAGGAUGCUCUCUCCGAAGCCAACACCCUAAGUAACACCAACGCCGAGGUGUGGGGAUACCUUGCCCUCAUCUGCCUGCAAGGGGGACGGCAGCUGGAGGCAGAGCAGUGCUACAAGUACACCGUCAAGGGGCUGGCCGGGCGCUACCUCUACCUGCUCUUCAGGCCCGUGGCGGGCAAGCACUUUGCCGUCCACCUCGACGUCACCACCGCGGAGAACCAGGUGGUUCGCAUCUCUUUCUCCAGCCUCUUCAAGGAGUUCAGAGCCACAGCCACCUGGCUGCAGUUCCCCUUCGUCUGCGGCGCGGCUGGGACGUCCGGGCAUGGUGAGGAGCGUGCGCAGUGCUGCCGCUCCGGCUCGCGGCGCAAGCUCGUGGGAGCAGCCCCUGCUGAGGUGCGCUGGACCUGCCUGGUGCUCGACCUCCCCACCAUCCUCUCGCUCUACCUCAGCCGCCGUUACAGCCACCUGAGGAGCGUCAAGCUCUGCUCCAACCUCCUGGUGAAAAACCUCUGCACGAGUGACUUGGUGUUCGACCCAGCUGUGACCUUCUCCGAAGCCCGGCAAGCCGACCUGGCCCGCCGCGGGGUCGCUCCCAUGCCGCGGGAAAUGGCUUUCCCUGUGCCGAAGGGCGAGAAUUGGCACGACCUCUACCACUACAUCAGGUUCCCAGCCGAGGGGUCCAAGCUGCUGCACGACUCCAUCCAGAAGAGCUCCCGCUCCUCAUGUCACCCAGGUGGCCAAGCCUCGGAGGACCCCAUCCGGCAGCUACCCCAGCCGGUGACGCUCACCAAAGCAGUCCGUGACCGACUGUCCCUCAUCCACCAGAUCACCAGUCCCAAAGCUAUGCCGCACCGGCGUCCUGUAACUGCGAAAAGCAUCCCUGAGGUUCACCUGACAGCCCCAGGGACUCCGAGAGCCGUGCCUGCUGCGGACAAGGAGCUGGAGAGGAACCAGAGGCCGCGCAGUGCGGGGGACGCAGGGCAGUCACGCUCACUGGCAGUCGGUGAUGGUGGCAUCCACGUGUACGCUCACCAGAUGAGCGAACGAACCAUCCGAGCUGUCCACGCCGGCUCGGAGGAGGGGCUCUUACCGGAUCCCAUCCUGAAGCUGAGAAUGAUUAUUGGCUUCGGAGGCUGCAGCACCAAAUGGGCCCUGUGGACUCACGACAACGCUGCAGUGGUCUACCCCUGCCACGCUGUUAUAGUGACCCUGCAGAUCCAGACCGGAGAGCAGAGGUUCUUCACUGGACACACGGAUAAGGUGUCAGCGCUGGCCUUCAACGGGAACAGCACCUUGCUGGCUUCGGUGCAGCCCGGUCCCCUGAGCGUGGUGCGUCUCUGGGAUUUCCCGACAGGCACCUGCCUCUCCGUGUUUAAAAGCCACGUCCGCUCCCUCUUGUCCCUCAGCUUUUCCUACAGCGGAGCCGUUCUGUGUGGUGUCGGAAAGGACAGGCACAGCAAAACGAUGGUGGUGGUGUGGAACGCUGCUCAGGUGACCCGUGGUGGAGAGGUGGCCGUGCUGGCCAAAGCGCACACAGAUGUGGACAUCCAGGCCUUGAAGAUUGCUUUUUUUGAUGACACCAGGAUGGUGUCGUGCGGCCGAGACAACGUCAGGCUGUGGCGAGUGCGGAGCGGAGCACUGCGCUCGUGUGCCGUCAGUCUGGGCGAGUACCAUUCCCUGGAGUUCACCGACCUGGCCUUCGAGGAGGGGCACGCGGCCGAGCGGGAGCCGGAGGACCGCACACUCUUUGUCUGCAGCAAGAGCGGCCACGUCUUGGAGGUGGACUACAAGAACGUCUGCAUGAGGAGCGCGCGGCGGCUGCUGCCCGCACAGCCCCAGGGCUGCCAGCCGCACGACAAGGCAGGCGGCUAGGAGGGCCCUGGGAUCGCUAUAAACAGUAUUAGCAUCUCCUCAACCUUCUGUGCCAUGGGUUCAGAAGAUGGUUACCUGCGGCUGUGGCCACUGGACUUCUCAGCCGUUGUCUUAGAGGCAGAGCACGAGGCUCCAGUGAGUUCAGUCUGCAUCAGCCCAGACAGCCGCAAAGUCUUGUGCACAACCGCUGCUGGGAAUCUGGGCUACCUGGAUAUCCAGUCCCGGGACUAUAACACCCUCAUGCGCUCUCACGAGCACUCCAUUUUGGCGUUCUCAGUGGAGGGGAUUUGGAAGCAGAUGGCAACGGUGUCUCGGGACAAUACCAUCCGAGUUUGGGACCUUGUCUCCAUGCAACAGCUGUAUGACUUCACAGCUGCAGAUGAAAUGCCGUGUGCCGUGGCCUUUCACCCUACCCAGCAGAUCCUGGCCUGUGGCUUUGACAGUGGCAUGGUGCGGACCUUCAGCUUGGCUGCCUCCGAUCUGCUGGCCGAGCACAAGCAGCACCGCACUGUGAUCACUGGACUGACCUUCUCUCCAGAUGGCAAAUUCAUGUUCAGCUCCUGUUUGCAGGGAACGCUGGCUCUUUAUGGCUGUAUGGCGCAGAAAAGCCACGUCCUGAGAGUCCUGGGCAAUGUGGUGGCCCGGGAUGCUGGGAGCGGUCCCGAUGCUCUGGCAGUCAGUGGGGACAGCCGUCUCCUGGCCUUCGUGGGUCACUCCAAGUACAUUGUGACGGUGAUGGAGGCCUGCUCUCUGGAUGAGCUGCUGAGGGUGGACAUCAGCAUCCUUGAUUUGAACAGCGCGGCCUUGGACUUUGCAGUGAGAGUCUGCUUUGCCCCCGUGCCUCGAGGCGAGCUCCUGGUAUCCACUUCUUCCAAUAAAAUCCUUGUGCUUGAUGCAAAAACAGGACGACUGGUGCGAGAGGUGUCUCCCGUGCACAAGCUCUCCUGUUCUUCCUUGGCGCUGAGCGAGGAUGGCAGGUACCUGCUCACUGCUGGCGACAAAGUUAUCAAAGUGUGGGACUAUCAGAUGCGCUUCGACAUCAACUUCCAGGUGUACAUCGGUCACUCAGAGCCAGUGCGCCAGGUGGCCUUCACCCCAGACCAGCAGCACGUCAUCAGCGUUGGAGAUGCCAUCUUCCUCUGGGAUUUCCUGGCUCUGCCUGCAGAGAGGUCACCCCUGGCCAGGGCUUGUUCCUCCAAGUCCACCCUGCUGCCAGGAGCAGAAGGGAGCUCUGAGAAGGUAAAGGAUGCCUCCGAGACACCUCGACAGACAGUUCCUCUUCCAUUGUUGUCCUCACCACCGUGUUUGGAUGUCAGCUCUGUCCACCAAACAGGAUGUCAAAGUAUUUUCUCCGAGUCAGACAAAGAGCAGGAAGCAGAUCUGCCAGGCAGAAGCAGGAUGGUGAUGAAUGGAGACAAAGAUGCCUCGCUCCUUGUGGUGGGGUCGGUCAGGAGCAAGGAGCUUAUUGUCGUGAGGCCCAAAGCGCGGCAGGAGAGCUCGACGUCUCCUGAAGAAUCAGCAAAUGAACCCAGAAAGGAGACCAGAAGUCCCAAGUCCCAGUGCUCCGUCCGGCCAGACUCCUACCGGCAUUUCACUCCUCACUUUAAGGCAUCGGUGCUCCCCCAGAGUUUUUUAUCUCCUCCAGCUGGCAGUGAGAUCCUGAGGCUGAAAGCAGUGAUCGGCUACAAUGGGAAUGGCAGAGGGAAUAUGGUGUGGAAUCCGGACACAGGCUUCUUCGCCUACACCUGUGGCUGUGUCAUCGUGGUUGAAGACCUGCACUCAGGAUCACAGAAUCACUGGCUUGGCCAUGCAGAGGAGAUCUCUACGCUCGCUGUCAGCCAUGAUGCCCAGGUUCUUGCCUCUGCCUCCGGGAAGAGGAAUGGAGACUCGCAUUGCCAGAUCUGCAUCUGGAACGUCCAGGAUGGGGUUUGCACAGCGAGUCUCUUCCAUCACGAGACGCAAGUACAAGCCAUGGCAUUCUCUCGGGAUGAUAGAUUCCUUGUUACCUUAGGGGACUACAGCGAUCAAACCGUUGCUCUGUGGAACACCUACACUCACGAACUCAUGUUUUCAACUUGUGUCCUGGAGCCAGUCCAUGACGUGGCUUUUAGUCCUCUUUGUCACAGAGAACUGGCCUGUGUGGGGAGGGGAACCGUGAUGUUUUGGCUGUUGGAACACCAGGGAGCUGAUGUCAGCCUCAAGGUUCAUCGGGCCCCAGCCCUGGAUGUUUUGGGGCCGGUGGAGCUGACCUCUCUCUGUUACGGUGCUGACAAUCUUCUGUAUAGUGGGACCAACUCAGGCCAGAUCUGCGUGUGGGACACUGAGACUAAUGGCUGCUUCAUGACAUGGGAGGCUGAUGAAGGCGAGAUUGGUGUGCUGGUGUGUCGGCGCAACAGGCUGAUGAGCGGCAGCAACACGAAACGCAUCCGACUGUGGGCAGUGGCCGCCGUGCGGGACCUGAGGCUGCGAGGUCCCGAUGCCAGCUCUAGCUCGGUCCUGCUAGAACAUGAGAUCACCCUCGAUGGGACAAUAGUCAGUGCAGCCUUUGAUGACUCUCUCGAAAUGGGAAUUGUGGGCACCACGGCAGGAACGCUAUGGUACAUCAACUGGAUGGAGAGCACAAGCAUCCGACUGAUCAGCGGACACAAGAACAAGGUGACCGAAGUGUGCUUCAGUCCUGACGAGACUCACUGCGCCACGUGCGGGGAAGACGGCAGUGUGAGGAUUUGGUCUCAGGGCAGCAUGGAGCUGGUGGUACAGUUCCAGGUGCUUAACCAGAGCUGCCAGUGCCUGGCCUGGAAGCCUCGUCCCAUCAUCAUGUGGGGAGCUGAGCGCCAGCACGUAGUGGCAGGGUACAGCGAUGGCACCAUCCGCGUGUUCAGCAUUUCCAGGACAGAGAUGGAGCUGAAAAUGCACCCCCAUGCUGCUGCAGUGACAGCAAUUGCCUACUCCACAGACGGAGAAAUGAUCUUAUCGGGGGACAAGGACGGGCUCGUGGCUGUCAGCAGCCCUCGCACCGGAAUGACUAUCCGCAUCCUGGCCGACCACAAAGGCUCCCCCAUCACCGUCCUCCAGUGCACCAGGAAGCAGUACCGUGACUUUGGUGUGGAAGGAGGCGAGCUCUGGCUGGCCACCAGCUCUGACCGGCGGGUCAGCGUCUGGGCCUCCGACUGGCUGAAGGAUAAGUGGGCUGCCAGCCCCUGCCUGCUCCUAGCACGGGGUCUCAUCAGCCUCCCGCCCAGCCUGGCCGCAUUCUGCCCUUGGGAACCCAGUACUCUGGUCUACGUCGGCUUUGGGAUGCAGAAGGAAGCCUUGUUUUACAGUCUGCGCAAGAAACAGGUAGUUGAGAAGAUUGCCUUGCCAUACUUCGCCACAUCGUUGAGCCUGUCUCCUGCAGCACGCUUCAUGGCUGUCGGCUUCGGCGGUGAGUACCAGAGGGUGCUGAAGCUGUCCCCUGUUGCUCGCUGUCUCGACGUGCAGCUCAGCAGGGGCGAGGGGGCCUGGGGGGUGAUCCGGAGCGAUGCUCCCAGCAGGGACAAGCCCCAUGGCGGCGGAGCCUCCUCCCCCCAGCACUGA